CUUCGAAGCGCCCCUCGGAACCAAGGUGUUUGAAAAAGAUUCGAGUCGGCAUGUAAACAGUGUAGCACACCGGUGAGUUUUCGCAUUUAGGAGAAAUUUUCAUGUAAAACCAAUGAUAACCGGGGGCCAAGUUACCUCAGACUCUCUGCGGAGAUGAAGCUCUGCCAGGCUCUAAGGAAGGCCGACAGAUUCAGGACGGCGUUCGACUUUGCAGGCCGGGAGGUGGCGCACUGGUUCCCUGGACACAUGGCCAAAGGGCUGAAGCAGAUGAAAGCCAACCUCAAGAAUGUGGACUGCGUCAUAGAGAUUCAUGAUGCCAGAAUCCCCUUGUCUGGAAGAAACCCCCUAUUUCAGGACACACUGAACGUCCGACCGCAUCUCCUUGUCCUGAACAAGAUGGACCUCGCUGACCUAUCCAGCACGCAGAACAUCCUGAAGAAACUAGAAAAAGAGGGAGUAAGGAAUGUUCUCUUCACAGACUGUUUGAGACAAAGAGAUGACAAUGUCAAAAAGUUGGUGCCAAUGGUGGAGGAAAUAAUUGAGACCACUGAUCGUUUUAACAGAGAGGAGAACAGAGAUUAUUGUCUGAUGGUGAUUGGAGUUCCUAAUGUGGGGAAGUCAUCACUUAUUAACUCACUGAGACGGACAAAUUUGAGAAAAGGCCGCGCAUCCCGAGUGGGUGGGGAGCCGGGGAUAACCAAAGCCGUCCUGACUAAGAUUCAGGUGUCCGAGAGACCUCUGAUGUACCUGCUGGACACACCCGGCGUAUUACCCCCUAGGAUCGAGAGCGUGGAAACGGGCAUGAAGUUGGCUUUAUGUGGAACUAUCCUGGACCAUUUGGUGGGGGAAGACGUUAUUGCUGACUACCUGCUCUUUUCUCUGAACAGGCUCGAAAAGUUUGGGUAUGUAGAGAAGUACGACCUCCAAGAGCCAAGUGACGACAUCCAGCAUGUCCUCAAACGCAUCGCCGUGAAACUCCGAAAGACUCAGCGAGUCAAAGCCAUCACUGGAGUGGGAAACAUCACCGUCACCAUCCCAAACUACACAGCGGCAGCGUACCAUUUCAUCAGAGCGUUCAGAAAAGGAGAGCUGGGACAAGUGGUGCUGGACUGAUGAGACAUUUAUAAAUCGAUUCAACACCUAAACCUCUACAAAAAAAAAAAGUACUGAUUAUGUCUCCCCUGAAACGACGCGGAGAGCAACCCCCACCUAUCCGUGUAAAUAAAAGUAUUUAAGUUAAAUAAUCUGGGAAGUUCACUUUGCAGGACACAAGAAAGACGUUUGGCAUAGUUUAAACAUCUUAUUUAUUACCAUAAAGACAGUGAUUACAAACUCUUUUAUUCAAUAAGUACACAAGUGUUGCAGAGUAUAAUCCAGUGCAUUUAUAGCUAUGGAACAGUCUGUUGCUCCUGAGAGAGACCAUUUGGGAGGAUGAACACAAGAGGAAAACGAGAGAAAGGAGUAAAUAUAAAGAGCAAGAGGUCUGCUUGAUGGUGUUUGUGAAACAAUUUUAAACCCAUGAUGCUAUAAAAGAAUGUGGCAAAAGGAAAUUGAGAAACAUGCUUGUUUAGGAAGUAAAUUAUUCAGAGCAUGAACCUAAAACAUUGUGUGAAAAAAUCAUAUUUCUGCAGGAAAA